AUGCUCACGCCUGAAGUCCGCGCGGGUAUAGCCUCGCUCAACUCGCUCAACUCGCGCCUCUCGUGCGUCAUCGUCGGCAUCGAAUCCCAUAUCUGCGUAACCCAAACAGCACUCGACCUCCUGAGCGAAGGCCACAACGUGUACGUGAUCGCGGAUGGCGUGAGCAGCGUGAACAAGGAGGAAGUUCCCAUUGCACUGGCGAGGCUACGGCACGCGGGUGCCCAGGUCUUGACCAGUGAAUGCUGGAUGUACGAGGUCAUGGGCGAUGCAAAGAUAGCGGAAUUCAAAGAGAUCAUAAAGGUUGUGAAAGAGUCUGCUGAGAGUACGAAGGAAGCGCUCCAGUCGCUCUGCAAGAUAUAG